AUGGAGGCUGGCAGUAGCAGAUGCGUCAAGGUGGAGCUGGGACAACCGGAGGCGGAGACACAGGGGUGUGAGAGGGUGCGGGUGGUGGUCAUCAGCGACACCCACAACGAACACGGACACAACUACAUCAAGAUACCGGACGGCGACAUCCUCGUCCACUGCGGCGACUUCACCCACAAGAGCGACUGGCGAGGGCUCAAGGAAGGAGAAGUGCCGCAGAGCCUGCACAAGUUCAACGAGUUCCUCGGCACCCUGCCCCAUGAACACAAGAUCGUCAUCUCUGGCAACCACGAGAUUGGGUUCAACAACCUCAAGCGCCGCGAGAUCCGCCAGCUGCUGUCCAACGCCACCUACAUCGAAGACCAGACGGUCGUGGUGAAGGGAAUCCGAUUCUACGGCUCACCGUGGACCAGCUCGACGAAUAUGGCGUUCAGCGCAAGACGAUCGAAGCUCGGGGAGAAGUGGGCGAAGAUCCCAAACGACACCGACAUCCUCAUUACGCAUCUCCCACCCUUUGGCGUGCUCGAUCAGGCCUGGGUCGGCUCGCCUCCGAAGGGUUCGAGAUUCGACCGAAGGCGCACCUGUUUGGUCACGUGCACGAUACGCCGGGCACGAGGGCGAUUGGGACGCGUCACCUUCAUCAACGCAGCAACGCACAUCAGUCGCAAGACCCACUAG